UACAGCCCUGCCUCCCUCUUCUGUCUUAAAAAACAAAGCCUCUCCCGUGUCCAUUUCUUAGUUUUGACCUAUUUCCCUGUUUUCUGUUAUAGCCAAAUUUGUUACAUGCAUUGUCUUCAUGAACUCUACUUCUCACUUCCUUAAUAACUGUUUAGUUUUCUGCCAUGUGUUAUCUUCCCCUUAGGUGAUAUUAUUGAUUCCAUAAAUACCACAAUUGUGUAAUGACCCCAGGUUAUCUCUGAGCUCUAGAUUCGAAAAUACAGUUUUCCUCUUGAUGUUUUCACUUGAUAUUUCAUAGGUACUUAAAAACUCAAGCAUGUUCAGAUUCAUAAUUCUUCCUGUUCUACUCCAUCUGAGAAAAUGUACCACCAUCUUCCUUAAAUCAGAAAGGAGCAAUGUUCAGUGUUCGCGGCGACUUUAUAGAACAUAACUACCGCGAAUAACGAGAAUCGACUUUUGAGAUGGUAUCAACAUCCUACAGAAGAAGAAUUAAGAAUUCUUGCAGGGAAGCAGCAAAAAGGGAAAAGCAGAAAAGAUAGGAAAUAUAAUGGUCACAUUGAAAGUAAGCCAUUAACCAUUCCAAAGGAUAUUGACCUCCAUCUAGAAACAAAGUCAGUUACAGAAGUGGAUACUUUAGCAUUGCAUUACUUUCCAGAAUACCAGUGGCUGGUGGACUUCACAGUAGCUGCUACACUUGUGUAUCUAGUAACUGAAGUCUACUACAACUUUAUGAAGCCCACACAGGAAAUGAAUAUCAGCUUAGUCUGGUGCCUGCUUGUUUUAUCUUUUGCAAUCAAAGUUCUAUUUUCAUUAACUACACACUAUUUUAAAGUCGAAGAUGGUGGUGAAAGAUCAGUCUGUGUUACUUUUGGAUUUUUUUUCUUUGUGAAAGCAAUGGCAGUCUUGAUUGUAACAGAAAACUAUCUGGAAUUUGGACUUGAAACAGGGUUUACAAAUUUUUCAGAUAGUGCGAUGCAGUUUCUUGAAAAGCAAGGUUUAGAAUCUCAGGGUCCUGUUUCAAAACUUACCUUCAAAUUUUUCCUGGCUAUUUUCUGUUCACUCAUUGGGGCUUUUUUGACAUUUCCUGGAUUACGACUGGCUCAAAUGCAUCUGGAUGCCCUGAAUUUGGCAACAGAAAAAAUUACACAAACAUUACUUCAUAUCAACUUCUUGGCUCCUUUAUUUAUGGUUCUGCUCUGGGUUAAACCAAUCACCAAAGACUACAUUAUGAACCCACCACUGGGUAAAGAAAGUGUCCCUUUAAUGACAGAAGCUACGUUUGAUACUUUGCGACUCUGGCUAAUAAUCCUGCUGUGUGCUUUGCGGUUGGCCAUGAUGCGCAGUCACCUGCAAGCUUACUUAAACUUAGCCCAGAAAUGUGUGGAUCAGAUGAAGAAAGAAGCAGGGCGAAUAAGUACAGUCGAGCUACAGAAAAUGGUGGCUCGAGUCUUCUAUUACCUUUGUGUCAUUGCACUGCAGUACGUGGCCCCUCUGGUAAUGCUGCUUCACACGACUCUGCUUUUGAAAACACUAGGUAAUCAUUCCUGGGGGAUUUAUCCAGAAUCUAUCUCUACCUUGCCAGUGGAUAAUAGUCUACCCUCCAAUUCUGUUUACUCUGAAUUGCCAUCUACUGAUGGGAAGAUGAAGGUAACUGUUACACAAAUAACAGUGGCACUGAGCAGCUUAAAAAACAUUUUCACUCCUCUGCUUUUUCGGGGACUUCUGUCUUUUCUGACCUGGUGGAUUGCUGCUUGUCUCUUUUCUACAAGCCUUUUUGGGCUUUUCUAUCACCAGUAUCUGACUGUGGCAUGAAUCUCCGUUAACAGAAAAGGAUAUCCAAGCCACACUUUGAAUUGAAAUAUCUGUGCCCUUGAAGGGCUAUCGGAAACUAGAAGAAAGCAAAUACAAAGGAAAAAGACAUAUCAGCAUAUCUGGUUUUAAAUGCUUCCUCUGUAUUCUCAGGGUGAAUCAAUGGUAUAAUAUUUAAAAUUACAGAGUAGAUGAUUAACUACUAUACUGUGGCAUUGGAAUUUUAACUCCUUGUAUUAACUGAUGGUGAGAGGGCUAUCUACAGAGGUAAUACUUAUGAUUACCUUGGUUUACAGAAACCUCCAGCAGUCUUUGAAACUUCUCAUAUGACUCUAGUUCUAGAUCGAUUGCUCUUAAUGGUAUAACGGUACUGUUAAUAUUCAUAGUGGCUGCCUAUAGAACAAUCUUCAAACUGAGCCAUGCUUUGGAGGAGGGAAAGGAGCUAAAGUCACCUCUGUUGGUAAUAUAUUAGUCACUCUUCAAAUAACAACAAUGGCAAAAUCCAACAGAAAGGAAGAAAUAGCUACUGUAUAUUACAGUAAAGAAAGCUGCAUAGUAAUUUUAAAUUUAAUGGAGAUGUACAUGGUUAAUAUCUACAAGUAUUGCUGCUUGAGAGUAGCAAGAGUAUUGUUUUAAAAUGUAUUUUAUCCAACUUGAGGGAUCUUUUAAAAUGAUUGGCUAUAUGAACAUUUGCUGUUAGGCUUGGAACUCCCAUAUUUUAUUUUAUUCUUUGAUCCUAAAUAUAGUCCUUUUAAUAGUCUAAAAAUAUUUAUCAAUAUUGAUCUGACUUUUAAAAAAUUACUUUAAUCCUGCUGACUACCUGUAUGUAUUGUAUAUAUAUUAUAUAUUAAAUAUAUAAUAUAUUGAAAUUAUAAAAGAUGAAAAUAUUGAAUCCUUAAAUAUUUUAAGUUGCUGAAUGUAUAUUAAAUGUGACUGAAUGAGAUGUCUUUGUAUCUAGAAAUUUUCUUUCUUUUUGGAAUGAGAUUAAAAUACAUUUUGAAAGUUCAUCAGGUUAAGCAAUUUAUUUGUGUUGCCUAUGUGUGAGACUGCUUAAAAUUAUAUAAGUACUUAGGUGAUUUCUCCCAAAUAAAAAUCUUUUUUUUAUCAUUUUCAAAACUCAGAACCUUUCCCACUAACCAAAUCUACAGGAAUCAUUUAAACAUUGUUAAGUAGGGUUUGUUUUAAGUUCAUAGUGUUUAGAAUUAGAAAUGUUAAUAUUUUAUUUGAUACGAUGAAAUUCAGGUAAUUUGAAUGAUAAAUUCAUAUGAAAUGAAAAGAAAAUAAAUUUUUUUUGAUGCUUUUUACAUGUAAAACCUAAAAUUAAGGGUUUCAGUUAUAAAGGGAAUGAAUGUAAGAGAUAAAUAAGGUUUGUGUGUGUGUUGUUUUUGUUUUGUUUUGUUUUUUAACAGAAUUUAUAGGUAAAUGUUCUUCCAUGUUAAGGUCUUGAGAUUACAUAUUAGUGUUAUUGUUUCAGUGCUAUUAUCGCUAUUGAAAGCACUUUUGAAGCUCUUUUGGAAUUCCUUCCAAGGCUUGUGGUUCACAUUCAUUCAAAUAAUGGCAAUACAGCAAAUUCCUAUCUUUUGUUACAGACUAAAUAUUUUGUAAUUAGCUGAUACUUUAAAUAUGACUGAGUAAUAAGUGCUUAAAUUGGAUAAGAUUCUUUGGUUGAAAUGAAUUGUUAAUAUAGCCUAAUGAUAGUUCAUGCGUAUUUCCAAAAGAAACAUUCCAAAUACAUCUUAAGGUAACAGAAUCCAUGAAAAUAAGGAUCUUCUAACAGGAUGACAGCAUUUAUGACAGGAUUAUGACAUUUAUUUUGUAUGUGAAAGUUCUGAUAUGUUGGACUUGAAAAGAACCUCACCUGAUAUUUACAACCGUUUUUAUUAAAGAGCUACGUUUUAAAAAUUAGAAUUAAAGUUACUGUUUUGAGUUUCAAAGAUUGUACUGUGGUAGAGUAAUAUGGAGGGGAAAAGGCAUAGAAUUUAUUAUUGGAUGAAAUAACAUGCAUUUCUGAAAUACUAUUGAUUCACUCUUUUUAAACUUGAAUUCUCCCUGAGUAUACUGUGAACGUGUGCAAACUGCACAUUAAUUUAAGUAAUGGUUUGUUUUUUUUUUAAUUCUUUCCAAACAAAUUUAAAGACAAUGAUUGUUACCACUACUAACUGGUUUAUUUAAGCAUCUUGUCUUUGUACACAAAUUCUGUUCCUAAGUGUAAAGGGUUUGUAUUUUAUGUAAAACAAGCAAUAUUUUUAAUUGAGAUAUAAUUGACAUAUAGCGUUUUAUUUGUUUUAGGUGUACAACAUAAUUAUUUAUAUAUAUGUAUGAUUCCAAAUAAUAUUUUAAUAUUGUUAAUUAGGCCAGUAGAAUUCUUUUAUUUUUUAUGUUGGACUCUGGUCAAUAUAAAUGCUUCAUAGGUCAGUUACUUUACAUUUCUGUUAAAGUAACUAGGAAUCCUUAUAAUCUUGCUUCAUAUAAUUUGUGGAAUUGUAUUUGAUAAUUUGUUGACUCCUGCUCCCCUAUUCCCUGCCCAUUGCACUAUAAAAAUCAGAGCUCUAUUCUCUCUCCUACCCCCAUUGAAAUGUCUGAAAUGAAAAGCAUAUAAUUUUAUCUUAAUAUCCGUAUGCAGUUUGAUUAUCUUUGGCAUUUUCCCCAGAAUUCCAAUUGCUAUGCAUAAAUGACCAACGCAUCCAAGCAGAAUGGGCUCAUUGUCUUAUUGUUUCUGAUAUAAAUAUCAUUGGUAAAAUAGUGACAUUUCUUCUUGAGUUAUGAUUCAGAAGAGAUAUUCAUCCAUUAAUGGAAUUGAUAGGUCCAGGAAGCAAUAAGUAGAAUUCAUUAUGAAAUCUAUAAUUGGAACUUCACUGGAUAGAUUUUAUUCUUUCAAAUGAAAGAUUAAAUUCUCAGUACUGAAAAGCAUAGGGUCUCAACAUUCUCUGAAUUCAAACACACUUUCUGAGCCAUCUCAUAAUUGAAAAUGGUCUAUCAUGGUAUAUGGCUCUAUUCAGCAAAAUAAAACUAAGUGAUUUUUGAAUGUGGAUCAUCCUGCAUCUUCACAGAGCUUUAGGUGGCUUAAAGAAUCAGAUUUAAACACAUUUAUGAUCCUAGACCAUGAACCCAGUAUCUCAGAUAUUUCUACAGUAUCAUCUUUUAACUCCUACUCCUCAUUAUGUCUGUACUCUGGGUUUCUAACUCAGCUGGUUAUAUGCCAUGAAAACUCUGACCUGGACACUAAGGAUGAUCACAAAGCUAAUGUCAACCUCUCACUUCUUUAAAGUGGUAAACAUUUUACUUAUUUUAUUUCUUCCUACGAAAAAGAAAAACCAGAUUGAGCCUGUCCUUAUGCUUGUCUUUGUUACAGUUGAACUUCUUUCUUUUUAGCUACGAACUGUUAAUGUUGGAUGGGCCUAUCUUUAAUGAUUCAGACGGCGUGUCUUUUUCUAUUUCAUUGUUCUUUCCCUUUUUUCCCCCUCAGAAUCCCUUUAUGUGGUUACUCCUCUCCUUUCUCCCACUUGGCCAAAGACUGUUCAUUGUCUUAAAUAAGGAGAAGCAGCAUAAUUUUGUGAAAAGAAUAUUAAUUUAACCACCAGGAAACAUCCUGUUUCUGCCUUCAAUUAGCUAUUUUUUGCACUUCUUACGCAUUCAGCCUAUACUAAUUAAAUAGAAUUGAAUUAUCGUCACUGUUGACCUCAAUUUUACCAUAAAAUAAAGAAUUUACAUUAAAUGUA